CAGCAAACAUGGCUGUGAUCGGACAAUGUGAAUGUGGAUUUCUCGUCGAUCACAGGAAAAGUAUCUCUGAAUCAGUUUCAUCGUUGUCGUUGUCAUGUAAAGAAGCUUUCUUUGCUCUUUACGAGCCUUAUUUUAGAACUUCAACGAAGAGCAGUUCAUCGGGAUCAAAAAGGAGAAAGCGGAAGAAAUCUGUCCAAGUUGUUCGUACAGAGGAAGAAUUAGAUGCUGCUGCACACCAUAGCAAGAUAAAAGACACAAUUGCAACAGGAACAGAGAAGCUUGUGCACAUUGGUGUGGAUAUGGGCUAUUUUCUACCUGAAAAUGAUCUUAGUGAACAAAGUAAUUUAGAGUCAGAACUAGCUUUUACUGAUUGCAAGCACUUUUCUGGACUGUCAACUGAUGUUCAAAGUCACAGCAGAUGUCUGUCCAGUGAUCAUUUGGAACCUUUAAUCAUCAAAUGUGAUUUCACUGCAAGUGAAAAGUCUCUGUUGAACCGUAUCAUUUAUUACCCUGGUAGCAAACCCACAGUUUUGAAUGUAUCUGGGGAGAAAUACAUUUUACCUGCAGAUUGCAACUUCUUGAUGUCUGAUGCACAGAACUUAGGACCUCUUGUUAAUUAUGCCCAAUGCUAUGGAGGUUAUAACUUGCUGGUGUUGGAUCCUCCAUGGUUCAACAAAUCUGCGAAGCGUGGCUCAAAGUAUUCCUUCAUGUCAUUAUGGCAAAUAAAAUCACUCCCAGUCCCUUGCCUUCUUGCCCCUGGUGCUCUGGUGGGGAUCUGGGUUACCAACAAACAGAAGUACUUAAGGUUUACAAGGACAGAGCUCUUUCCUCAUUGGUCCAUGGAGCUAAUGGCAGAGUGGUACUGGGUUAAAGUAACAAGAAAAGGAGAACUGGUGACUGAUUUAGAUUCACCUCAUAAAAAACCAUAUGAGCCACUGUUAUUAGGACGUUUUAAUCCAAAGAUGGAUGGUCUGAGGUCAUCUUGCCUCAUAAAUAAUGAGAAAAACUCUUCUGAAAAGGAGAUGGAAUCAGCCUUUGUUGAUAGGGGAUCUCUCAAUGAAUUUUCACUUCCAACUAAAAGGAAAAAGAUCAGUGAUAAUGAUGAUGAUAUCAGGACAGAAUACACCUGCGAUAUAAAUAAAAAUACAGCUAUGGCAAUUUCACUUGAGUGGAAUCCACCAUCAAUAUAUAAAUCAGUUGGGGAAAUCACCAGCCAAGACAGUAGACAUUGUGAAACAGGAGUUCAGAAUCCUAGAAAUUGUUGGUUAAAUUGUCAAGGAGUAUAUCAUGAAGAUAAAAUGGACAUCACACAGGGCUUGAAUAGUCCAACUGAGGUUGUGCAAAAACAACAAGCUAUGCAAAAGGUUAAGGAGCAGGAGCAGAAAGGCAGUAUUGGUAUUACGAAAAAUAGUUUGAAAAUCUCAAGUGAGCAAUCAGAACCUAAAGAGCUAGAGCCAGAUUCUAAACCUUGUGAGUUGUUACCCUAUCAUCAGAUCAUAUGCAGUGUUCCUUGUAAGAUUCAUUCCAGGAAGCCUCCUCUGCAUGAAAUCUUUUCAAAGUACAUGCCACCUAAUUCAUUAUGUCUGGAAAUGUUUGCUCGAAAUCUAACUCCUCACUGGACCAGCUGGGGGAAUGAGGUGCUUAAGUUUCAGAGCAUGGAGUACUUUGAAGAGUGUACAACUGAACAAGUACCUAGAAAAAUCCAAGAAAAAAAUAGUAUUCUUACAAAUUGCUAACCAUGACCUUGUGGUGGCUGUGUAUCAUUUGCUUCCAAGUUUCU